ACAUAAGAAAACAGUUUCUAGUUAUAAUGAACUCGUUAUUACUAUUUUCCUUGCUUGCUCUAUUUGUGGUCGCUUUUGCCAACGACCAGUACACAGACAGAUAUGAUAACAUUAAUAUAGAUGAAAUUCUAGCAAACAAGAGACUACUAACAUCAUACAUAAAGUGUAUUUUGGAUAAAGGUCGGUGCACACCAGAGGGGAAAGAACUAAAACUUCACAUCAAGGAUGGAAUGCAAAACAGCUGUUCAAAAUGCACUGACUUUCAGAAAAAAGGCGCUAGGAAAGUCGUCAAAUACAUUCGCGCUAAUGAAAAGGAUUCUUGGGAAGAGAUGAAGAAAAAAUACGACCCAAAGGACGAGUAUAAAGAAAAAUAUGAAGCUUUUCUUGCGGCUGAAAACUAAAUGCAAAGAGAAUCACCUCUAAAGCUAAU